AUGUCGCCUGGUCCCAAGACGUCGCCGAGUGUGCAAACACUCGAUCCUCACAAGACUUUCGACUCUCGUCCGACAUUCUCCCACGUCGCCACGUCCAGCGGACCAUGCCGUAUCGUCGCCACCGCCGGGCAAGUCGGUGCCGACCACAACCGCGUCGUGCCCGAGGAUAUUGACGAGCAGAUCGCCCUGGCCAUAAAGAAUCUGGGCCGCUGUCUCGAAGCUGCCGGUUCUAAAGUGACCGACGUGUUCAAGCUGGUGUACUACAUUGUCGACUACGACCCCGCGCACCGUAGGCAUACAAAGCACCUCAAGGCAUUCCUGAACGGCCAUCGGCCUGCUACGACCCUGGUGCCCGUUCCCGCACUGGCGGACCCGGAGUUCAAGUUCGAGAUCGAGGCGUAUGCUGCUGUCCGACAGGAACCAUUGACGACCGUGGAGGUGGUAGUAGUGGGAGCUGGUCUCAGUGGUCUGCAGGCAGCCUAUGAUCUGCAAAAGGCCGGAGUAUCGUGCGCUGUUGUUGAGGCCCGUGAUCGCGUGGGUGGCAAGACCUGGUCCGUUGACCCGUUGGGCCAGGAGAAAUUCAUCGACGUCGGGGCCGCUUGGAUCAACGACACGAAUCAAGCAAAGGCGUAUGCUCUAGCAAAGUCCCUCGGUCUGGGACUUGUGGUUCAGAACACCGUGGGCCACAUCAUCCAGGAGGAUCUCAGCGGUAGCACAGGCUUGUUUCCCUAUGGUGGAACACCCACCAACGCCCCCGAAUCGAACGGGAUCGAAAACAUGGUUUACAUCCGCGAACUGUUUGAGAAACUGUGCCAACAGGUGGAUAUUCGGGACCCUGUCGGCUCAAGCGGACGAUUUGACACCAUGACCUUGGAAGAAUGGUGCAGGUCGGAGACUCAAUCGGAGACGGCGCUUGCCAGUGUCAAGCUGUGGACUCGAGCAAUGCUCGGCCUGGAGCCGUCUGAGAUCAGUGCACUUUAUUUCCUAGAUUAUUGCAAGAGCGGCGGUGGUCUUCUCCAGAUGAGAUCCGAUUUCAAGGAUGGCGGGCAGUAUCUCAGGUUUCACAGAGGGACCCAAUCAUUGUCACUCGGGCUGGCGGGUCUGAUGAAGCCGGGUUCAAUCGUCCUAAACUCACCUGUCCGGCACAUAUCCCAAAGCCCUGACGGAAUCUAUGUGUCAGCGGGUAGGGGAGACUUCAAGUGUCAACGGGUCAUUGUCUCUGUGCCGACAGUUCUUUACAAGGAGAUCGCCUUUGAUCCACCUUUGCCCGCGGCCAAGGUCGAACUCGGGAAGCACAAUGUACACGGGUAUACAUUGAAGAUCCUGGUCAUGUACUCGGAGCCUUGGUGGCGCAAGAAAGGCUUGUCCGGUGCCAUCAUGUCCUUCAUAGGGCCCAUCACCACGUGCAGGGACUCCAGUACCGACGAGAAGGGGCAGUUCUCACUGACAUGCUUUACCAAUGGCGAUUUCGGCCGCAAGGGAUCCCUACUCCCGCAGCAGGAGAGAUUCAAUGCCAUACUGGCUCACAUCAAGCGCGUCUUCGGCCCGUAUGUUGACGUGCCAGAGCCGCUGGCCGUGACAGAACAUGAAUGGGCAAGUGAUCAGUGGGCGCAAGGCUGUCCAUGUCCUGCUGCACCACCGGGAAUCAUGACCAAGUAUAACCACGCGCUGAGGACCACUCAUGGGAAAGUGCAUUUCGUGGGCACCGAGACUGCUUAUGAAUGGAAAGGGUAUAUGGAUGGUGCACUGCGAUCUGGCGAACGAGGAGCAAAGGAGGUAAUUGAGGCUCUGAGGAGGGCAAAGCUGUGA